AUGUCUGGAGACAAAGACGCCAUCGAGCCAACCCCCCCUGCUCAGCCCGAGAGGGUCAACUCUGGCAGCAGCGAGGACCUCAAGCAGCUCUCCAACGUGGGAAAUGUCCUCCAGUCGCAGGGUGUGACCCGCAUGGAGGCUGUCUACCGCGAGGCCAAGUCGGACCGCAAGACGCUCUGGCUCGUGGGAGCUUCCGUCCUCGUCUGCGCGUGGGCGUACUCUCUCGACUCGUCGACCACAUCGUACUAUAGCGUCGAUGCUUCGUCAUACUUUGAGAGGCAUAGUUCGGUGCUUUCGACCCUUUCUAUCGCUACGAGCAUCAUUAGCGCUGUGUCGAAGCCUUUCAUCGCCAAGUUUUCCGAUAUCACUAGUCGACCGUACACGUACCUCCUCUGCAUCUUCUUUUAUACCUGCGGCUACAUCAUUGCCGCCUCCUCGCGGACCGUGUCUGCGUAUAUUGUCGGAGAAGUCUUUGUUGCCAUUGGAAGUUCUGGUCUCGACCUCACCAACGACAUCAUCGUGGCCGACCUGACACCCCUCGAGUGGCGAGGUUUCGCGAGCUCGAUGCUCUCGACGCCCUUCAUCAUCAACACCUGGUUUGCAGGCAAGAUUGUCGACGCUCUUCAGGCUAGGAACCAGUGGCGAUGGGGUCUGGGUAUGUUUGCCAUCAUCAUGCCUGUGGCUCUCUCGCCUGCUGUUGCAACUCUGAUCUACCUUGACCGCAAGGCGAAGAAGGAGGGUGUCGUCAAUAUUGCCUCUAGCAACGCUGCUCGUCGUGCUGCGAGGGAGCUUGCUCAGGAGAGCGGAUAUGAAGGACCCCAUGGAGCCAUUGUCGCACCGGCAGCCGAGGAGAACAAGACGUGGCUCGAGGCCCUGAAGCACAACCUCGAAGAGAUUGACGCAUUUGGUCUGAUCCUCCUUGGUUUCGGCUGGUCUCUUCUCCUUCUUCCAUUCUCCCUCAAGACGUACGCCGAGCAUGGCUGGAGGAACCCGUCCCUCAUCGCCAUGAUGAUUGUGGGCGGUCUUCUCCUCAUCUUCUAUGUCGUGUUCGAAAUGAAGUGGGCAAGAGUGCCAAGCGCUCCUCGACGACUCGUGUUUAACCGGACGUUUAUCAUGGCCAUCAUUAUCGAUGGCUUCUAUAUGCUUGCUGGAAACAUUCGAGGAUUGUACUUUUCUUCCUACACGUUGAUUGCCAAAGACUGGACCUACCAGAACUGGGUCUACUAUGGUAACACCUUGACCCUCGCUCUUUGCGUGGCUGGCCCUCUGGUCGGUCUCGCUCAACGAUGGACGCACCGCUACCGCACCAUCCAGAUCACCGGUCUCUGCGUCAAGAUCAUCGGCAUGGGUAUCCUCCUCGACGGCCGAAAGGCAACCAACAACACGGGCGCCCUCGUCAUGUCCAUGAUCCUCAUCGGCUUCGGAGGCUCCAUGUCAGUCGUUGGCUCUCGCGUAGCAUCCCAAGCCUCAGUCCCUCACCAAGACGUGGCCCUCGUAAUCUCCCUCCUGUCUCUGUGGUCCAAGAUCGGCAGCGCCAUCGGAAGCGCCAUCGUCGCCGUCAUCUGGGCAAACAAGAUGCCCGGUCAGCUCCGCGAGCACCUCCCUCCGCCUGCAAACGAGACGACUGUCAAGACGCUCUUUAGCAGCGUGACCAAGAUUCGCACGCUCUACGAGUUUGACGACCCGAUGCGACAGGGCGCCAUCACUGCGUACCGCAACACUCUGUGGUACUGCCUCUCUGUGGCUCUGGGUUUAGCAUUUAUCCCCCUCAUUGCGGCCUUCUUCCAGACGAACUACUUCCUGGGCAAGCAGCAGAACGCGGUGACGAAUGUUGGAAAUGAUGGCAUGCCGCUUGAAGAGAAGGAUCGUAACCCUGAGCCACUUCCGCCGCCCAAGGAUAAGAAGGAGGCUUUCUUGAGGUUCUGGGCUGGACGUCAGUAA